AUGAGUGAGGGUUUCGAUGAGAAAUGGAAAUAUGGAAAGCCAGACGGGACCACGAAAUCAAGAGACGACAUCUCCCGAGGCCACACCGGAGUUUUCCAGCUCCGCCAACGCCGAAGAAUACAGAACAGGAUUGCUCAGCGAAACUACCGCAAAAACUUAAAAGGACGUCUGGAAGACCUGGAAAAACGUGCCGGCUCGUCGGAUGAGGCACCGUUACUCACACGCACAACCGAGAACCAAACCCUGUCCAGCAGCCGGAGCCCCAAGAAGACAUCAUUCUUCAAGGCUUCGAACUUGACCAGGUCCAUCUUCCAGCGAUUUGCGAGUCUGGUAUCUGUGUUGAGUACAGAGGGGUCGGAAGGCCAUGCCGAGCAUGCCGAGCAUGCGGCUCGCGUGGUCGACGAUACUACGAGAUUCAGAAUCUGGGCCGACAACAUCGGAGCUCAUCAUCCAGCAUUAGACGCUAGGUCCACCGAAGCCAGACUGAAGGACGCCCCAGAGGUUGCAGAGCGUAUCUGUGAUAUACUGGCCGAGCUUCGCGAUAAUCGUGAUAAUGCGUAUGAAGCGUGCACCAUCUCGGAACAGGACGACGCACUACGUGGGCGGGUAGAAAAGGUCGGUUCUGACUUGAUCAAUGGGAUCAAGCAACACACGGACUCGAUAGUGAACCCAGAAGACCGAGUGUCGGAGCAUGAUGACGACCAAAGGGCCACAAACAUGGCGGACCAUACGACACCAUACACCAGCAAGCCUGAUAUAUAUCAUCCUGUGCCGGUCCAAACCGAAGCGUAUCAUCGCCUGCCAUGCGAGUUUGUUGGUUUGGCUUCUUGCGAUUAUAGUUUCGACUACGACGAUACCGCGGUUUGGAUCGAACAUACGAUCCAAGUACAUCUUAGCGACGAACUUCCGAAUAAGGUCCUUUGUUGGUUUUGUGACGAAUAUAGUUUUGAUGCUAGCCACCCAGACAUUGAAGGCAAUCGCCGCACUAACUUUUAUCAACGCAUACGGCAUAUCCGCGACCACUUUUUGAACGAAGGGAAGACAGUUGAACAGAUACGGCCGGACUUCCACAUGCUAGAACACCUUAAUCGCCACGGGCUGAUCACCAAGGCGGCGUAUACCAAAGCCAGGAGGUAUUGUGAAGUGCCUCGAGUGAGCGGGAUAUAUGCACCUGGCUAUGUGCCCGAGGAGAGGUGGGUAAGACGAUGGAGGUCGCGCGGUCGCGGGGAACAAAAUGACUCGAGCAUCAGAGAGCACCCAGAGCAAGAUCUACAUACAUCUGUCUUCGAGGCGGACACUCCAGAGUACGGCGCUGAGGUGGAUGUACAGCUCGCACAGCAGUCGUUGACGGAACACCGCUCUCUUCUGGUGAAGGUCUUGGACGCUCUCGUAGAGCAGGUGGACACAUUGGACUACAAUCACUCCAAGGGUGCCGCCAAACCACGGCCCAUGCCUUCCCACAAGCUCUUUUCUGCCGACGAAGAUGCGGCGGACACAGUGGACGACACUCUUGCUGGGAUUGCCGCCAAAUCACAGCCCUCUUCUGCCGUCUCAGGGUCUUAUAAAAUUCGUCCACAAAUACAAGUCAAAUACCAAGGCUAUCCUAUCGGUCCACCGUCUCCAGACGGUGCACCUGGAGCUACACAUCGUGAUCGCAAAGGGGCGAUUGCUGAUACAAGGUGUAUAGUUGAGGAUGCACUUGAUCUGUGCGACGCUGCUUUGGGGAUCGAGAGGUCAGUCAGUAGUCGAAGAUUCCGAGAAUGA